AUGGAGCUCAUGAGCCAGCUGAGCUCCUGCAGCAUCCGCGUGAUCGACCUGGACGACGGCUCGGUGCGCUCUAUUUCGUGGGACCCGAACGUCCCGGACCAAGUGUUUGAGAGCCUCGUGGAGUCGCAGCUCCGUGCGCAGUUUGGCGUGUCGGACGAAGCGUGGGUGGACCUCAUUGACACGGCGAACUCGAGUCUCGUGCACAUUACGAAGGAAGUGCUGUGCAACAUCAAGGACUCUCUGUGUCUGUGUUUGUCGCCCAAGACGGAGGCCCUCGCGCCUAUGAAGACGACCGAGGUGUUUGAAGUGGUCUUCCAAGAUCGAUCUUUGGGCAUGACUAUCCGCGAGCACAAUGAGAGCGUCAUUGUCAACCACUUGAAGCGCAAACCCGAUGGAAACCUUGGCGAGGCAGAGGCGUCCGGCCUCAUUCAGUCCAACGACGUCAUCUACAAGGUCAAUGGCGCGCGCACUGUCGGUCGCAGUUAUGACAACGUCGUGCAGAUGCUGCAGACGCAGACGCGGCCGCUCCGUAUUCAGUUUUUCCGUCCGUUUCGACGCGAAGGACUUUUCGCUGUGGAGUUUCGCGGCCCUAGUCUCAAUAUGACUAUCACUACAGACGAUGUGAACGUUAUCGUGAAGGACUUGCCCAUGGCACAUCCAAAUAUUGUUGGCUAUGCCGAGGCACAUGGUGUGCGGAUUUUUGACAUUAUUCAUGCAGUAGAUGGAGAGGUGAUCAAUGGGCUCGAGUACAACCGCGCGAUAAGUCUGCUGAGUCGCGGGACGCGUCCAAUGGUCGUGGUUUUCGCGCGUUCAAAGGUCAUGCCGCCUACGCCUGGAAGAUCGACUGGAGUCAUGAGCAAUCGCUUCUCGUUUGCAUCAACGGUUGCGCCGUCGCCGCGCCCCAGUAGCAUGGACAGUUUUGGAGCGCGGCGUGGAUCGGGCUGUUCUGCAUUGAGUGGAGUGGACGGAGAGAAUAUGUUGGUGGAGGAAAUGCUUGAGGUGUGCGAAGGAUUGGGCAACGACGGGAUGUUGAACCAAAAGGAGGUGGAGAUGCUCAAGGACAUGGUGCUUACCAUGCGACCAGACGUGUGUACUGCAGUAAAGCGGAAGAAUAACAACGCAAUUGUGGCCAUUGUGCGGUCGCCGUUCAUGCGUCUCUGGGAUAGCCUCCUGAAGACGAGGGAGAGCAUUUUACUGGCUGGACCCGUGUCGCUUAAGCGCAAGAAACGCUUCCAUCUGCUGCUGACUGACCAUGAACGACUUCUCUUUGUCAAUAAAGACACUAACUUAUUAGAAGACGAGAUCAUGUGCUCUCAUAUUGUGACCGUGAGCUCGCGCUCCAAGCAUCAAGAGCUCACGAUUUCCACGAGCAAGACGGACCACGUGCUCAUCGACAACUUCAUUGGGCCCGUCAUCUGGGUGCGCGCUAUUCUGCCGUUCACGUGCACGCAGGGCAUUCUCAAAGUAGCGAGCAGCAGGCGGUUUCUUGGUUCGAAGAAGCGGUAUUUCGUGCUGCGAGGUAAUCACCUCACGGGCUACAAGAAGGAGAGCAUGAUCCACCAGGUGGGUGCCAAGAGCAGCACAAUCUCGCUUGCCGACGCCAAGAUCGAUAUCACGGACCCACGCAGUCUCACAUUCAUCAUCGCCACACCUGAGUUCAGCCAAGCUGGCAAGAAGCUCAUCCUAACUGCGACAUCGACGCGGGAAUUUAACAAAUGGGCGACGGCGCUCAGAGCGUUGCAACCGACGUCUCCCUCCACCGCCUCUUCAGCCUAA